GCCAAAGUUCUCGAAGGCUCCUCUUGUUGGACACCACCAUCAUCAUCGUACCUUUGCCAUUGUCCCAAUGUCCGCUGAAAUUAUUGAAGAUCCUCCUCACCUCGCACCACUGCCGCGAUCUGCGUCGAACCCCAAGCCUAAAGGUAUCCUGAAGAAUGCACCGCCGCAACCGGGAGCGAAGGAGCACAGCCUACAAUGGGAUGAAGCCAACAUUGCUCUGACAGAGAUACAGAAAGAUAGUCUCAUGAAGAUAACGGAACCCAAGACUCCAUAUGUUCGAUACAAUGCAGAGACCGACGAGAUUGAAGGAGACAUCCCUGAUCUUGACUUGAAUGGCCGAUACAUUUCAGUAUCGCCCGCUCGUUCGGUGUCGCCAACUGGUGCGGACACUUCUGGGCCGUCCUCGCGUCGAACAUCGUUCUCUAGCACUGGCAGGCCUUCAUCUGGACGAUCGGUGAGUACGGCUUCCAGCCGUAGUACGAGCUUCAAUCUGUCCGAUGAAGCGCGGUCAGGAAUUCGUGAAGAUGGACGCGGAAGAGAUCCGGGAAGCGAGGUUGAGCUAGACGAAGAGAUGGACGAAGAGACCGCUGCAAAGCAUGCAGCUUUUGUACGUGCUAGAGGACGGCAUUACUCGAAUGAAGCAGAAGCUAUGAAGCGCGCUGCAAAGCUUAUGGCUGAGGACGACGACGACAAUGCUGAGGGCGACGACGACGCGUCUGUGUCGGAAGACAACUCAGUUCCUCCUGUGCCCCCGCUGUCACUCAAGCCUAACGGAAUAGACCACUAAUCACUCGUAUCCUGUUUUGUAACCCAAAUUGCUUCAGUCGGUCGGAGUACCUAUAUGCUCUUUUUUGACUUUUACCUAGAUACCUUCUCCGACUUGAUUACCGUGAUCUUUCUAAAAUUUUGUUUUUGAGUUAGCUAGACCUGUAAAACACACCCUUUUGAAUUUUUUGGUUGUACAAAUGUCCAUUCAAAACGGUACCAUCAAAAGUUAAGAUAAUUCACUAGCAGGUACAUACGACCGGCCCUAACCGAGAUCCCCGGCUUCUUUU